GCCACCAACAUGUCGGCCCUCGGGGCCACCGCGGCGGCGGCCGCGCCCGCCGGGGCCCUGUUCCGGCCCCUGAGCGCCGAGGACGGCGAGCAGCAGCCGGCAGAGAUCGAGUCCCUGUGCAUGAAUUGCUUCCGCAACGGAGUGACCCGGCUCCUGCUCACCAGGAUCCCCUUCUUCAAGGAGAUCAUUGUCAGCUCCUUCUCGUGCCCCAGCUGCUCCUGGUCCAACACAGAGAUCCAGGCAGCGGGCAGGAUCCAGGAGCAGGGCGUGCGCUACACCCUGGCCGUCACCUCCCGCCAGGACAUGAACAGGGAGGUGGUGAAGACCGACUGUGCCUCAGUCCGAAUUCCAGAGCUGGACUUUGAGGUGCCUGCCUUCAGCCAGAAGGGAGUGCUCACCACCAUCGAGGGCAUCAUUGACAGAGCUGUGGCAGGCCUGGAGCAGGACCAGCCCGCCCGCAGGGCAACAGACGCAGAGGUGGCCAGGAAGAUAGACGAGUUCAUUGGUAAACUGAGGCAGCUGAAGGACGUCAGCUCCCCCUUCACCUUUGUCCUGGAUGAUCCCUCUGGGAACAGCUUUGUGGAGAACCCGCGGGCACCACAGCGGGACGAGGCCCUGCUGGUCGCUCACUACAGGAGGAGCCCGCAGCAGUGUGCCCUGCUGGGCCUGCAGGGAGAGGAGGUGGACGCGAAGCCGCCGGACGCUGCCGAGGACCUGAGGGACGAGGUGCUGCAGUUCAACACCAACUGCCCCGAGUGCAACGCCCCGGCCAGCACCAACAUGAAGUUAGUGCAAAUCCCCCACUUCAAGGAAGUGAUUAUCAUGGCCACCAACUGUGACUCCUGUGGGCACAGGACCAACGAGGUGAAGUCUGGAGGAGCCAUCGAGGAGCAGGGCACCAGGAUCACGCUCAGGAUUACAGACCCUUCCGACAUGACCAGGGAUAUCCUGAAGUCAGAGACGUGCAGUGUGGAGAUCCCCGAGCUGGAGUUCGAGCUGGGCAUGGGAGCGCUGGGGGGGAAGUUCACCACGCUGGAGGGGCUGCUGAAGGACAUCCAGGACCUGGUGGAGAAGAACCCCUUCACCCUGGGGGACAGCUCCACGGCCAGCAGGACAGGGAAGCUGCAGGAGUUCAUUGGGAAGCUGCAGGACAUCAUAGAGGGGAAGGCCCAGGCUCACUUCAUCAUGGAUGACCCUGCAGGCAACAGCUACCUUCAGAACGUGUAUGCCCCGGAGGAGGACCCGGAGCUGAGCGUGCAGCGCUACGAGCGCACCUUUGAGCAGAACGAGGAGCUGGGCCUGAACGACAUGAGGACAGAGGGCUACGAGGCAGAGCCGGCCUCGGGCCGGUAGCAGGGCCAGCCCAGCCCUGCCACCCCCUGCCCCAGCUGCGCCAGGGACCAGGACUUGUGUGGGGCCAGGGCUCCUCUGCCCUCCCUGGGCCGGGGAGCUGUUCGUGCCUGCAGCAGCGGCUCGGGUCUCCCCGCGGAGCUGUGCCAUGAGCUGCUGGUGCUUUGGGGCACGGGGUGGCUCCCCAAUAAAGCUGAUUGAAA